AUGUCGACAGUCACACCGAAUGUGCUACCAUGGCCAGUGAUAAAUGGAUCUUGCAUGCCUACUCAUCCGACUGUCUUUGCCGUUUGUCCGAUCAUGCCUCGGCAGUUUCCACAAGACCGUCACUACUCAUUGCAUAGUCAUGAUCAAACCGUGCAGCCUGCAUCUUUCCAUCAGGAAGAAAAAGGCGAGAAACCUUACGUGUGCAAGUGGGAAGGCUGCGAGAAAAAGUUUUCCCGCUCUGACGAGUUGGCGCGACACAAUCGCACGCACACCGGCGAGAAACCGUACGGAUGUCCCGUCUGCGGACGACACUUCAUGCGGAGCGAUCACUUCACGAAGCACGGGCGAUCUCAUCUCGUCGCGAAGGAGGUGCCCGCAUGGAAACUCGAAAUCGAACGACUCAAUCAGAUGGCACAACUGAAAUCAACCACUUCCGUGUCUCAAGCAGAUGAUACAAAGACAUUCUAA